AUGUCUAGUUAUCGUCCCCUCUUGACCUUGCCGUCUGAGCUACUAGAGAACAUCUGCUUAUCCUGUGUUUUGCAGGGAAAUCCGCUUUCUAUCGCAGCUCUAGCUCAAACAUGUCGCACCCUCCGACUUCUUAUCUACCACACUGCCGACAGCCAUCUGUGGCGCUCCCUUUGUCUGGUCUAUUUUGACGAUCCGCGUCUGAACCCCGGAUGUUCCACAGUCCACUGGCGCCAUAUGUUCACCGAGCGAGUCUGGACCGAGAGAUACCUCGACAGACAUGCACGCCCACUCGAGGUUACCGUUCCCAAACAUAAUCUUAGGUCCACGCCCUCCAUGAUGUUCUCACUGGACAAACUUGGGCCUCAAGCCGAAUCCCACGUCCACGUCCGUCUCCUCGACGCCCUUCUUGACGCCGUGCAGACCAUCGCCCCUACUCCGGGGAUACGCGUCGCCUCUAGCCCAUCCUCGACUCCCCAGCUCGACAGGCCACUCGCCCUCCGGCACGCAGACACCCCUAUCCUCCCUCCCUCGUGCCAUAUUCCCGCAGACAUCGAAUCCCGCAAUGUUGCUUGGCUGCAGCGUGUCCUCACACACGGGCUGCCCAUAUCACUUACCCGCAUCAUCGCCUGGGAGAACCUCGCUCCGAGUUGGAAGAACCACGCCGAGGGUCCGCUCCUCUGCGAGCUCAUCGCCCGCCUCGGGUUCCUCCCUAUCCCACUCAACCAAGUGCCUGCGGCCCCCGAACACCGCUCUCCACCUUCGUCACCGACCGCGCGCUCGAAGCCGCAGGGCAUGAUCGAUCUCAGCGAGGAGAUGCAGCGGCGAGUCGCGCAUGAAGGAGGACGUCCGCUUGCGUUUUCCCUGCGCUUCCUAUCGCGCCAGCGAGCGUGGGGCCCGUUCCUGAGGGUCGACGCGCUCGCGAACUUGGCUGCUGCGCCGACGGACGAUGCAGAAGAGGAGACGGAAGGAGACGAUGAGGACGACGAAGACGCCGACUAUGUACCCCCAGACGACCCAUCGGCCUCAGACGCGACGCCCGGGACCCAUCCCGUUGCAGUCACGGAGGGCCCGCCAUCGUCGACGAACACGCUGCCCGACCCGGGGAAGCUCUUCCCGGAUUGGACAUGGAUCGCGGCGAGCCGGGUGGUCGCAGAGUGGAAGCUGUUCGAGAACAUGGACCGCGGAGACCUGCCGCAACUUUACGACUGGAACAACUUGCGUGCGGGGGCCUGGAUCGCACCCCCUCCGCCGUCUGGGGAAGGGAACGCAGUCGAGUACCCUCCUGGAGAAGAGUGGAAGGCGCAUCGAUGGGACUGGGCAGGAUUCGAAGGCGUUUGGAGGCGGUUGGUGUGCUGGCUGGACUACGACGAAUUGAUAUAUCACAACCGAUGGGGCUCCUUCGCUGACGAGGACUUGGACGAGGCCUGGAUCAUUGUGCCCAUGUCCGUCCGCAUCACCGGCUACGAGCCGCCCUCGCUCCCAAAGGAAUACCCAGACCGCCCCACAAUCGUUUUCGAGGGUGAGAUGGGCGGCGCGGGCUGGGUUGGCGCUGUCUCGCCUCUCACAGACGACUACCGCCGGGUUUCGUCGGUGCUUGGAGGUACUGCCCACGAGUGGGCGAGUGAAGCAGUCCAGCUCGGUCCAGUCGGGUCCGCGAUGGGAGCGUUGGGAUUGUGGACAGGCGCGCAGCACGAUGAUGAAGAUCCGCUGGGUGUGGUGUCGCAAUGGCGGGUCGCUUAA